AUGGAUACAAAAUACUGCAAGCAUCUACGAAUCAGGGGUGGUCGCGAAUACGACAUAGAAGAGUUUAUUAAAGUUUUAGAGAAACAAUAUAAAUUCGACUUCAAGUCUUUGCCGGAAUGGAAGAAACUGAUAGAAGAAAUGUAUGUAGUCCGAACUCAAUAUCAAAAUAAACUUAAAGAAGCUGAAAGAAGGGAAUUUGAAAUUAUAGAAACCCUCAAAAAAGAAUGUUUAAAACCCAUCGAACUUAGUCAUAGAUUGGAAAGGGCAGCAAAGAAAUGGGAACUUUUGUAUUCUAAAAAGAAAAAACGCAAAGUCAUACCAAGUUACCAAGAUAUGGUUAUUUCGAAUCAGGAAUUAAAAAGUGAUAUCGAAUAUUUGGACGAAGAGAGUGACGUUAAAUCAACAGCACAUCCAAACACGGAAGUGAUACAAUCAAAAGACGUACUGGUUACAAAAUCAGAUAGAGAUUCAGAUCUGAAAUCAAUCAGUUCACCGCAACUUCCGGUCAUGGUUUGCACAAAUCAACAUAAAAAACUUUCCGCUAUAGGUUCAAAGUAUUCAGCCCUAUCCCCCAUAGCAAGUAAACACUUUUUAACCACAACCAAAUCGGACUCAGAUAAAGAUAACAUUAUUUUAUGGCAUCAAAUAAAAGAUAUAAUAGUUAGUCCUGAUGAAAUAGCUCUGGAUAUAAAUGAUAAUAAUAAGCAAAUACUUAAUUUAUCUGUCAAAAAUUGCAGCACACAAUAUUUAUAUUUGCGGUAUCAAAGUAUUCUGGAUCCAUUUUACUUCAAAGCUUUUACUAUAGCGCCCGCGACGCCAGUAAAAUUAUACCCUGGUUUGACGAUUGUCUUCAAAUUGAUGUUUAGGCUUAAGCAGGAUAUGGAAACGACAGAAAUAAAAUCAAAGUUAUGCUUUAAAUUUGGUUUGAAUGUACUAUUUGAAGGAAAAGAAGAUAUAUUAUUCUACGUUCCUAUUGUUAGCAAAACUUUUGGGGAAAACGAUAUUUCUGUGAUUAAAACUCUCAAUAUCCCUCCAACUUAUCAAUGGCGUGUGUCGCGUAAAUGUGGAUAUCCAAGAGGAUUAGGUUACAUCCAUGUAAUGGAUGACAAUCAAUACGAUGUAUAUGUACGAAAGCGAGAUAUGUCCUAUGAUUUUGAAGAUAGUAUUGACUCGGUUAAAGUGGUCAGUCCAGAUUCAGAGAGUCAGGUUCUAAGAGAAGAGGAUAUUGACAGAGAUAUCCAGAAUGAAACUUUACUGAAUGAAAAAGUUACACCUAUCGAUGACACGGCGAAUGAGGAAAAUGUAAUAAAUACAUCUGAUAUUGUUUUACUCUUGUUAGAAGAUAUUCUAGACCUAACAUUUCAGCCAUUUGUAUUUAAACACACGUAUUUAAAAUUACUACCGAAAUGUAAGAAAAUAUUUGAAGUAUACCUAACCAAGUCAGACCACAUUGGUUAUUAUAAUGCAUAUUAUGAUUUAGAAUUCCAAAAUUCACAUACAUAUGAAGUUGUAAUGACGAAGACUAUAAAAGUUUUCGCUGAGAUUCUUCCUUCUCCAAUAACAAUAACGCCUCAAAUUUUGGAUAUGACACACUCACCUAUUACGUUUGGCUUUUGUAGAGAUUAUAUUACAAUUGUCAAUAACCAUAAGGAGUUAAUUGAUCAUGGUUGUAACAAGUUGUCUCGUGUCGGCCUACCGGUAUGGAAUGAAGCCGUGCGCACAGUAAUCGAAGCCUCGCGAGUUGGCCACUGGGUUAGCGGUGCUCCUUUCCUGCUAGCAGGUCUUGCAAACGCGCUUUUGGACUAA